UUCGCAUCUUUAAAUUCCACAGUAGGCACGCACGCAACGCAAUAGGAAAAGCAUUAUAUAUAGAUCACAAGAAAGAAGGGAUUUGAUAUAUAAAUGAAGUGUCAGAAACACGUACCGGAUUCAACCAGCGACAUCGGCGUUUGUGCCACUUGCCUCCGGGAGCGCCUCCAAGUCAUUCUUGCGGCCCAAACCCAAGCCCAGGCCCAAACAGAGGACGAAGACGAGGACCAACCAGCAGAAGCUCUCGCAUCUUCAGACCACAGCAACAACCAAUCGGAAAAGAACGCCGACGAGAAGAAAAACCCUCCGCCGAUCAAUGCUAACGACUUCGACGGACGGAAGGACAAUGACAACGACAAGGUAAUAUACAGUACGCCGCAGGUCGGACCGCCAUUCUCCGUAACCGCCACGGAAUGCGACGGCAAAACGCCGAAGAGGAAGCUUGGAAGGUUUUGGAACCCUACGAGACUGUUCAGGACGAAAUCAAACAUGACGGAAAACUCGAAUCGGGAAUUGACAACUACGUAUCGAUCGUGGAUGUCAAUGAUCUUCCAUGACAGACGGAAGAACAACUGCGGUGACGCCUCGAAUUUCCGGCAAUCUGAUCGAGAAUCGGAGGGUUUCAGCAGCGAAAUCGACGGACACGAUCGGUCGUCUUCCACAGAGAGCAGAAUCUCUCUGGAAACAUCUCCGAAAGGCCGGAACCAGGCGGCCCCAGCACCUGCGCGACGGUCGCGAUCGUUACAGGCAGGGAAGAGGGUGUUUAACUGGAGGUUAUGCUUGAGCCCGUUGGUUAGGGCAAAUCCCAACCAGCACUUGGUCCAUAACCAUAAAGGAACACUUCAAGAAACCGGUUCCGUGGGUGGUGGGGCCCAGAAAAUUAGAUUUAUCUCGGCAGCGUCCUUUAGCUGCAGCCGAUCGAAGAAGCUUGCGGAUAUUGGAAGAGUCGCCCGCAACCGUUGAUUUCUUUUAGGGCUCUGUUAUCAGUUAUAAUUACUUAAAAAAAAUUAUUAUCUAUUAAUUUCUUUGUGCAGUUUGAUUUUAAGCAACAAGAAUAUGUGCAUUUUCUAUUAACGAAAAGGAGAUUAUUCAAAAACAUAGUUUGGCAAGGCAACAGCCAAACAGAGUCCAAACCAAGUGAAGGCCAAGCAAAAAACGCAAAUUUCGUUCUCCAAAAGGCAUCUCUUGGACCUCUUUGCUCUCGUUGAAUACAUUUACCAACUUCCCCAUACAAAAGAUAUUAACCGUUGAAGGUUCAUGCCUGUGCCUUUUUAGAGUAAAUAAUAAUCUUAAUCCUUGGA